AUGAAACUCACCUUUGCCUUGAUUGCUGCCAUUGCAGCCUCAGCUUUCGCCGCAGUUGGGGGCCGCUGCUCCAACAACUGGGGUGGUGAUUGCAUCUGCCUCGACUCGAGCGUCUGCCGGAACCGCUGGGGGGGUACCCCGUAUACUGGCUCUCCGGGCAACUGGCCCUGCCCCAACGAUCCUGACAACAUCAUGGCAUGCGUUGUCAAGCCUUGCCCCGGUCAGGGCAGCGGCACCCAGUGCUUGUGGAGAAAUGCUUGCCGCAGCCCCAACGGAAACCCUGUUUGCCCGGGAGGUAACGACUUCAUCUGCUGCAACCAUCAGUGGUAG